CAGAGCAGAGCACUGGCACACAGGAGCUAUGGCCAAUGAAGUGCAAGUCCUGCCAUCCCCACUGAAAGGGGGGCAUCCUGCAGCAGUAAAAGCUGGAGGAAUGCGAAUUUCCAAAAAGCAAGAAAUGGGCAUUUUGGAGAGACAUGCCAAAAAAACAGGAUUAGAGAAAACAAGUACAAUUGCAAAUGUCGCCAAAAUACAGAUGCUGGAUGCCCUGAACGACACACUGGACAAGCUCAACCAUAAAUUCCCAGCAACAGUACACAUGGCACAUCAAAAACCUACACCAGCUCUUGAGAAGGUCGCUCCUCUGAAAAGGAUCUACAUUAUUCAGCAACCUCGAAAAUGCUAAGCCAAGACAAGUCACAGAUACCUGACCAGUGUCCUCAAACCUCUGACAGCUUAACAAAAACCUCCAACUCUUUCUGUAGGUCUUCUGCAUAUGCUUGGUAAAGAAAACCACUUUUGUAUCCUCCCUUUUGACUUUAGAUAAUAAAGCUUCCAAAACUGGUAAGUCUAUUA